UUAUCAUAUUUCAGAAACGACGGUGUCCUAUCACGAUGCCGCUGCAAAUAAGGCGCAACUGGUGCCCGCAAUUCCUCCGGGAAAACCUCUUGACCAUGCUAACAGUAAUAGGCGUUCUCUCCGGGACACUGCUUGGCUGGGGGCUGAGGGCUUCCGGGAUAGAAUGGUCGAGACGAGAUGUGAUGUACUUCCAGUAUCCAGGUGAACUGUUCCUCAGGAUGCUGAAGUGUUUGAUAGUGCCAUUGUUAGUUUCGUCGAUCGUUUCCGCGAUCGGUUCACUAGAUCUCAGUCUAUCUGGCAAGGUCGGUCUCCGAGCCAUUAUCUACUACAUGACAACGACGGUAUGCGCCGUGAUGCUCGGCAUAGCUCUAGUCACAACUAUCAAGCCAGGGAGAGGCUCUGAGGCUUUUAAUCAGAUGAACGUCACCAAGAAAGUCGUCACCAAGGACACCCUCACCUCCGAUACUUUAUUAGAUCUGAUAAGAAAUGUAUUUCCAGAGAACAUCGCUCAGGCGACCAUUGCAUCGUAUCGAACCAGACUCACCUUUGACCAGAACGACACGAAGGCAAUUAAAGGUCACUUGGAAACAUACAAGAUUGAGGGCGAUUAUCAAAGUGGUAGCAACGUGCUGGGAUUGGUGUGCUUCAGCAUCGUCUUAGGUAUAACUCUCGGGAAGAUGGGAGAGCAGAGUCGACCUUUGCAAGAUUUCUUCCACGCAUUAUCCGAAGCUAUGAUGAUUAUCACUGGAUGGGUUAUUUGGUUGUCACCACUCGGCGUGUUCUUCCUAGUCACAGCUAAAAUUAUGGAAAUAGAAUCAUUUUCGGAGUUAGUUGGUCGGUUAGGGCUUUACUUUAUGACAGUUCUCCUGGGUCUCUUCCUACAUGGUUUUGGAACUCUAAGCGUGCUAUUUAUUCUGGCUACCAAGAAACUGCCAUGUCGUUACAUUGCUAAGAUGGGUCAAGUUAUGGCAACUGCUUUUGGUACUGCUUCCAGUUCAGCAACAAUGCCCAUCACAAUCGGUUGUUGUGACGACAUGGGUCUGGACCCUCGUAUCACUCGCUUCGUAAUUCCCAUUGGAGCCACCAUCAACAUGGACGGUACAGCGCUGUAUGAAGCCGUUGCGGCCAUAUUUAUCGCUCAGCUCAGGAAAGUUGACAUGUCUUUCGGAAAAAUCGUGGCUGUCAGUGUAACAGCAACAGCAGCUAGUAUAGGCGCGGCGGGUAUCCCCCAGGCGGGACUGGUUACAAUGGUAAUGGUGUUGGACACCGUCAACUUGCCUGCCGAGGACGUUUCCAUCAUCCUUGCGGUCGACUGGUUACUUGAUCGAUUCCGUACAACGAUUAACGUUGUCUGUGAUGCGCUUGGAGCCAUCAUCGUGACUUCCCUGUCACAAGGUGACAUUGACAAGACCCGAGCGAUGCAAAACGACAGAGAAGUUGCGCCUGCGCACGAAUUAACCGAGCUAGAAAAGGGUGAGCAUUGAUCGGACUUAUAUAGAGAGCUCGCCAGCUACUAGAUUAGGUACUACUUGUUAGGAAAGUCUUAUGCGGCUAUUUAUUAAUGGUAAAAAAAUUAUUAAUAAUAAUAUAUUUCCACGAUUGUUUAACAUUAAAUUCUUACAUAUCUCUACAA